AUGGCGCAGAUCCAGCACCACCUGGGCCUGUUGUCACUUUUGAUACCUCUCAUUGGUAUCACAGCCGGAGUUCUGAAGUGGAACAGUGCUGUCAUCUUCGCUCUCAACACUGUCGCUAUGAUCCCGCUUGGAUUAUGGAUUAACCGAUCAGUCGAUGCGCUGGCCGUGGGUGGCAGCCGAUCUGUCAAUGAAGUGCUGAAAUCAACACUGGGGAACUCGGUGGAAUUAAUGAUCGGAAUCAAUUCGAUCGCACAAAAGCGACCACACAUCUUCCAGUCCGUGAUACUUGGAAGUGUGCUAAGCAAUUUACUACUGGUCCUUGGCGGCACCAUUUUCGUCUCAGGCUAUGACCAAAAGCGACUUCGAUUCGAUCGUACCCUCACAACAGUCCUCUCAUCCCUCAUGAUGGUCGUCUUCAUCCUACUCGCCCUCCCAACCGUAAUGAACGUCUUCCUGUCCGCCGAAGCCACCCCGGAGGAUCAAAUACUCUUCACGCAACGCGUAACAUCCAUAAUCCUCGUCAUUCUGCUCCUCACAUUUCUCAUCUUCCGCCUCGGCACCCAUGCAGCCAUGUUUGCCAGCACCCCAUUCAGUCAGCGAGACCAAGCCCGUCAGUCUCGCCAGAGCCAGAUCGUCGAGGCCCGGAUCCCACAGCCGUAUAUCGGCAAGGGUCCAGCAGCUAUAAUACUAGAAGCUGCAUCUGCGUCUGCUCUUGCAUGCACCUAUUACAUAGUUAGCAGUUUGAGCGGAGUUGCCUCGAUCACGGGUAUGAACCAGUCUUUUCUUGCCGUGACACUUGUUCCUCUGAUCGGGAACUCUGUCAAGUAUCGAUCCAUUGUGGUGGGGUCCCGGUCUUACAAUCAAAUUGAGCUUGGGAUCAGGGCGGUUAUUCACAAUGUGUUACGGAUUACGAUGCUUAUUGCUCCGCUUCUGGUUCUCAUUGGCUGGGCUUUUGAUCAGCCGCUUAUUCUUAGGUUUGAUGAGUUCGAGGCUACGACACUGUUGCUUAGCGUCGUGGUUAUGACUUAUCUUAUUUCUGAUGGGCGGAGUAAUUAUUUCGAGGGAUUGAUGUUGAUUGGAACAUACAUUAUCAUCACGUUCUCGUUCUUUGUUAGGCCUGAAGUACCGUUGAAUGUGAUUUUCUUGGGUGUUUAA